CGAGAAAAUGAGCGAUUCUCCAACAAUCUGUCAGCUGAACUACCGCUGCAUCGAUCGAGGUGUACUCUUCGCAGUGCAUCCGUUCCAGUCACGUGUAUGAGGGCAGUAAGCAAUUAUGUCAGCUCCUGCCCGAAGAGGAAAACGGAUAAGGCUGCCGCGCUGCGACGUAGCCGCGGCGAUCAAACUGCCGGAAAUCCUACUUCACCGUAAGGUCUUCACUAUCAACUCUCACCGCAGAUGCCAUUCUUAUAGUCGGCAGACCGCUACCCGGACUCUGAAACGCAGGAUAGCCUAGGAUGCCCAGCGUCUCAGGCAAAAUCAUCGUCCUCACUGGCGCGGCAUCAGGCAUAGGUCGGGAGACGGCAAGAUACCUCGCAUCCCAAGGGGCCAAAGUAUCCAUCGCCGACAUCCAAGAACAAGCUCUUCAAAAAGUCGCAGCAGAAAUCGAAAAAGCAGGCGGCGCCAUAUUCACCAGCGUCGUUGACGUCCGUAAUCGCUCUCAAGUCGAGGACUGGAUUCGGCGCACCGUUGACAAGUUCGGGAAACUUGAUGGAGCUGUGAAUCUCGCUGGAGUUUAUGGUAAGCAAUCGGGCCUGGCGAAUAUCGAGGAGAUCGAAGACGACGACUGGGACUUCGUGCAUGCGGUCAACGUCAAGGGUCUGCUGAAUUGCCUGCGGGCCCAGAUUCCGGAGAUGCGACAUGGAGGGUCGAUCGUGAAUGCAUCGAGUGUGCACGGCUUGCAAGGGUCGGCGAAAACCGCGGCGUAUGGAGCGAGCAAGCAUGCGGUUAUCGGCAUGACGAAAUCGGCGGCGAAGGAACUUGCGCCGAGAGGAAUCAGGUGCAAUUGUAUUUGUCCUGGGGUGAUUGAUACGCCUUUGGCUGCGAGGGCUGCAGCUGCCCUGGGAGCUCGUGUUGAUGAUUUUAAAGGGGUUGCGCCUCUUGGACGGCUGGGGACGCCGCGGGAUAUUGCGUAUCAUGUGGAGUGGCUGUUGUCGGAUGGGUCUUCGUACAUCACUGGGACUGCGCAGAGGAAUGAUGGGGGGUGGUUAGAUUAUUAGAUGAGAAGCAGGU